AAUUGGGUGCGAGGCUCAAAAGGACUGGAAUACUUACAGGAAGGUCUUCAAGAAUUUGUUGGAGAAAAAGUACUGCAAUGUCGUGAUAAUACCCUUCAAAAGAUAAUAUCAACAUUACCAUCUGGAUCGGCACAACACUGCAACCAGUGUACAGAAAAUAAUCUUUCUCCAGAACAUUUUAACUCUACGAAGGCAUGCAAAAAAGGCACAUGUAGCCAAAAGACCUCAAACAACUGUUUUGGAAGCAAACCAGUCGGACGUAGGAAAUGUCCUGCAAAAGGCAUUUGCAGUAAAUUUUACGACGCAAUUAUAGAUGAGCAUGCAUUUAAAGACCCUUUAUGGAAGAACACAGACCCAAGAACGUGGUGUUCGGAUCCUCAUGGGUGGAGUUAUGCAAAAUGUUUCCAAACAACUAUAGGUCCAGGGACAUCAGCUAAAGAUACAGAUGCUGCUAGUUUGCUGAGCAUUAUUAUAAGCAACAAGUCAAUACAAAACUUUGUGGCCAGUUCUAGUUCGUUUUAUACGGCGCGAAACAUCCGAAAUGAAAUUUUACAUAGCUCAAAGCUUGAAAUCGACGAAACAACUGUGUGUUCCUAUUUGGACGCGUUCAUUGAUGUUCUUCAAGAUCCAAAUUGUCUGAUUAAUGACGAGGCGUCAAAGAAAGCGGUUCAAAAACUAAAACGGUAA